AAAAUUCCCCCACUAAAAUAGUAGUAGGCGGACUUUUAUCAGAGAACCGGCGACGACCGUGAGGGGAACAGAACAGUUCAAAAAGAGCAGAGAGCUCAGAUGGCUCCUGCGAAGAAAGGCAAGGCGAAGCCGAGCUCGGCCGAGAAACCUCAGCCUCCAACGAGUAGCUUCCCAUCGUGCCUCCGUCCCGUCCCUCCUUCCUCCGUCGCCAUCACCAUCCACGCCAAGCCCGGCUCCAAAUCAGCCUCCAUCACCGAUUUGAGCGACGAGGCUGUGGGCGUGCAAAUCGACGCGCCGCCCAAGGACGGCGAGGCCAACGCAGCACUUCUCGAUUACAUGAGCUCGGUCUUAGGGGUAAAAAAGAGACAGGUUUUGCUUGGUUCUGGCUCAAGAUCUCGAGACAAGGUUCUGAUUGUGGAGGACGUCAUGAUCCAAAGUGUUUUUGAUGCGCUUUCUAAAGCUUCGAAAUGAUCAUAAUGGGUUUGUAAGUGAAUCUCUGAGAAAUGAUGCUCCUGUUUGCGUCGAACUGCAAGAACAGUUGCUGAAAGGAGGAGAGUUCUUUGGUACACACGAUAUAGCUUUUAACAUCUUAGACUUUUGUGAGAGGUCGAGGUGGAUAAGAAGUUUUGCGGAACUAAUUAAACAACACUAAGCCAUGAGCUGGAUGACAUUUCCCGUUUGUACUGCAGUACACGAUCACGAGAUCCUCGUGAGCUGGCAGAACGGUAUGCAAAUGUUCUUUCAUUACAUUAACUCAAUUAGUCUUUUCCUGUUCUGUGUCCACUGUGUCCUGCUGUAUCUAUCUGUACACGUGCCUAUGAAAGUUGGAACCCAUGCCCUCGAUCAUCUGGGAAGAUGAGAGGCUUUCCUAUGAAGAAAUAUAUACUCGGUUUGUAAAUAUUGAAGUUCAUCU